AUGGUGGUUGCGGUGGAUUAUCAAUUAUGUGAACGUGAGGUAAAAAAGUUGGAACACUUGAGAAUUAGUCUCAGAGACAUACAGUUGGCCACCAAUGAUUUCUCCGAUACAUUUAAGAUUCGUUAUCACCAUCUUUAUUAUGCUUACAAAACAACAUUGGAAUGUGUUGAUCGAGAAUAUCUUAGCUCAAUAGAAGGGAAAAAUAUCGGUGAACUACCCAAGAGACGCUACACUGUAAAGAUAAUGUGCGUCGAAUAUAGUGAACAUUUGUUGAGUGAAAUUGAAAUUAUCAGCAGUUGUAAGCAUCACAACAUAGAAUCGUUUCUUGGAUUUUGUGAUGAAGGUCCGGAAAUGAUACUUGUGUACGAGUUUAUUUCAGCUAAUCACCUACAAUAUAAUUUGGAAAAUCAUAAUCUUACAUGGGGAAAGCGUGUGAAAUUGUGUCUUGAUAUAGCACAUGGACUGAAUUAUCUUCACGAUGAGAUGGAAAAUCAAAUGACAAUAAUACACGGUGAUCUAGAUAGUUUUAAAAUUGAGUUGGACGAUAAUAUGGAGGGAAAGAUUGUAGGAUUUGGAUCCGCAGUAUUCCUGACUGCAAAUCAAGAUGAGGACACCCUCGGUUCAGAACAUGCUAAGACAAGAGAAUCAGAUGUAUAUAGUUACGGUUUGCUUAUGAUAGAAAUCCUAUGUGGAAAGUUCAUCAGUAUGAUAACAUCAGCAGAAGAUGAUAGCUCUGAUGAUAUUACACCAGGGCAAAUGGACCCAACAAAGAUUCUUUGGAUACUUUUAUAA